AUGGGUGUUCUUGCUAUCAAGUGGAAGGAGAGAGGCGUUCUCAACCCGGAGUGCGCUCCAAAUGCGACAUUCCGAAUGUUCAAUGAACAAAUCCGCUCGAUUGAGUCGCUUCUUAUCGUUCCGAAUGAUCCUACAACACAGCUUCCAAAUUUUGAGAAUGCUCUGAAAGCGAUUCAGAGAAUCCCGCCUUUCGUGAACUUCUUUCAAUAG